AUGCAAGACCUUAACGGACCCGUUGGCCAGGGCGCCCCUAACGGCCCUGCCAACCGCUUCGGACACGCCUCCAAGCCUUCCAAUAGCGAUACUGGUUUCUCUCAUGGUGCCUUCAAUUCCAACAUCUCAGGUUUCGCCGAUCGACACCCUCGACGAGGAAACAUUCCCUCCAUCAAUACUCAGCCUCAGCCCAUGGCCCAGCAGGCGUCCAACCAUGGAGUGGAUAUGGCUACCCCGGGUACUGCAUUUGACAUGCAAUUCACCCCCCUUUUGCCUUCCCAGCUGCUGCUAGGCAGCCCCUUCCAGCCUGGUACACCAGCUGCCUUUGCCAGUCCUCAGUUUCAAAGCAUGCCUGGAUUUCAGCAGCAACAACAUCAACAGCAUCAGCAGGGCAACCACCAGCUUCAGAACGGCAUGGCCAGCCCUGUGCAGCAAACUAUCUCACCUCACUCGUACCAGGGAAUAGUUUCCCCUUCUACCUAUGGUGCUCCUCAGUUCUACCCUCCUCAGUCCCCUACUGGUGGCUAUGGUAUGCAGGCACCUCUGCCUCCUACUUCGCCGGUCUCAAUGGGAUCUGGUGUUGUUACAGGAACCAGCCGAACCGUCUACUUGGGUAACAUUCCCCCCGACACUGUGGCUGAGGAGAUUCUUGGACAUGUUCGAAGUGGUCAGAUUGAGUCAGUUCGCCUGCUGCCCGACAAGAACUGUGCUUUCAUCUCCUUCCUCGACGCCAGCUCUGCCACGCAUUUCCACUCCGAUGCCAUCUUGAAGAAGCUCUGCAUUAAGGGCCAGGACAUCAAGAUUGGCUGGGGCAAACCUUCUCAGGUCCCUACCUCUGUCGCCUUGGCUGUCCAGCAAUCAGGAGCGUCGCGAAAUGUCUACCUGGGCAAUCUGCCUGAGGAGGUCUUGGAGGAGGAACUGCGCGAGGACCUUGGUAAGUUUGGUGCCAUUGACACGAUCAAGAUUGUUCGCGAAAAGAGCAUUGCGUUUGUUCAUUACCUCUCCAUCGCGAACGCUAUCAAGGCUGUCUCUCAACUUCCGCAAGAGCCCAAGUGGCAGGCUCCUCGCCGUGUGUACUAUGGCAAGGAUCGCUGUGCCUAUGUUUCCAAGACGCAGCAGCAAAAUGCUGCUCAGUAUCUGGGUAUUGCCCCUGGGUACGCCCACAUGCUGACAGGUGCGGAUCGUGACUUGAUCUCGAAUGCUUUGGCUCAGCAAUCCGUUGCUGCCGCUGCUGUGGCCACAACUGCUGGAGGUAUCAACAACCUUGGUAACCGAACUAUCUACCUGGGCAAUAUUCACCCUGAGACAACGAUUGAAGAGAUCUGCAAUGUGGUUCGCGGUGGUCUGCUUCAUCACAUCCGCUACAUUCCCGACAAGCACAUUUGCUUUGUUACCUUCAUCGACCCUACCGCUGCUGCUUCGUUCUACGCCCUCAGCAACAUCCAGGGUCUUAUGAUCCAUAACCGACGACUGAAGAUCGGUUGGGGCAAGCACUCUGGAGCUCUCCCUCCUGCCAUUGCUCUAGCUGUGAGUGGAGGUGCUUCUCGAAACGUGUACAUCGGUAACCUCGACGAGACCUGGACUGAGGAGCGCCUGCGACAGGACUUUUCCGAGUAUGGCGAGAUCGAGCUUGUCAACACUCUACGCGAGAAGAGCUGUGCUUUCGUCAACUUCACCAACAUCGCCAACGCUAUCAAGGCUAUUGAGGCCAUCCGAGGCCGAGAGGAUUACAGGAAGUUUAAGGUCAACUUUGGCAAGGAUCGUUGCGGAAACCCACCCCGCCAGGUGCAGCAGUCCCAGUCUCCUCGUGGUGAUGGUGUUUCUUCCCCCCCUCCCAAUGGAUCCCAGAACAGCGGUUCCCCUACCAAUGGCAACACUCCUCAGCAAUCAGCCGCUCUCUUCAAUGCCAACAGCAACCCCUUGACGAUGUACCUCAACCAGGUCUCCCACCAGGCUCAGCAGCAACAACACCACCAGCAGCAACAAAUUGCUGCGCAACAAAACGCCCUGUUCGGUACAGCACAGCCAUCCCCUAGUGACUUGGACCUUGCAAUGUCUCAGCAAGUUCCUGUUUCUGGUCAUGGCCAGUCAGCGAGCAUCUCCAACGGAUAUCCUGCCAACAGCGCUGCACCCGGUGCCACAACUAUCGGUGGUUUGCUAGCACCUGGUCGUGGCCAGCACAGCCGAGCGGUCAGUCUUCCUGUGCUUGCUCCAGGAUUUGAGAACGGAGCCAAUGGCUCUAACGGCAUUCACGGUGGCGAGAACGAACGACGAGGUCACCACUACCAAGCUAGCUAUGGUGGUAUGGGUUCUGGGUUCGGUCUCGCGAUUCAAGGUGGCUUGAACGGAUGGGUUGAGGAGGAAGUUGCCAAUUAA